AUGACUUCCUACCUUACAAUGCAAAAUCUUUCUAUUGCUGCUCAAUACACCACAUUUAUGUCUUCGUUCGUAUCUCACUUGCCCUCGUCUCGGACUUCCUAUUGCAGACAACGUGGUGCCACUACGGCCGGUCGGCUAAGUCGACUCGAGCAACCAGACUCUGUCAGCAAUGCAUCCAAGUACCUGCAGCUUACUAGACCCUCUAUUGCUCAGCACGAAGCGGCUGUCAGCAGCAGAGCCUCUACCGAGGCGCUAGUUGUCCCAGAACUUGCACGUUCUUUUGCUCUCCCUGCAUUUCCAAGGGCUAACAAAGCAGAUAUUGCAGCUGCACCAGCGACAGUUCAGGUAGUCUUCGCUGUCCCUUAUCUCUCAUGA